CUGAGGGAAGGUUCUGUCGGGUGUGUUUAUGUGGAGCUAAGCAGUGGAGGUGGUAUCUCUCACAGGAGAUUACAGAGCUGUGACGAUUCAGAGGCACCCUGCAAUGAUGACAACAAACCAAGCCAAGUCCAAUGUCCUGACUUUGUCCCAGACCAAAAGCACAACAGUACCAGCAGUGAUGGUCCUGCACCUGCAUUUUUAGGUUCCAUCCCAGUGUCAGAGACACAAACGCCCCCAGUGUCCCCAUCCCAAGUCUUCCUCCAGUACGAGUGUGCACCUCCUCUUUCCGUCCCACCGGAAACACCCCCUCAGUCUGCCUGUGACAGUCAUGCUGCUGCUCACACUGAGGAGAAUGUAGCACGUCUCAGAUCGGAGGAUCCUUGUUGCCGUGACUACUGUCAGUCAGAGACCCGCGACUGUGGGAGUGGCCAGGCCUUGCCACCUGGAGACUGUGGGAGGAGUCAGCCAUCAGACUCAGGAUACAGUGCUGGUAGUAAAGCCUCUGAACCAGAAGAUAGUGGGAGGAGCAACAAAUUAGAACCAACAGAUAUUGGGUGUGAUCUAGAGCACUGUGGGAGUUUCCAUUCUCGAGAUCUACCGACUGUUUUAAUAACAUGCUUAGAUAAGGAAGGAGGGGGCCACGAGUUGUACUGCUUUCCCUGGGUUCAGACUGAACAGCAGUUAGAAGAAUCCCCUACCCAACCCAUUCCAGCUGAGAGCCCCUUUUUUUUCCCCCUGACACGACCCCGUCCCCCACAGCCCCCCGUCAUGCCCGUCCUCCCUGAAGAAGAGGAGGAUUCCCCUGAGGAGCUCGACAGUUCCUCCAGCUCACCCAGCACAUAUACACCAGUUGAAAGUAGAGCAGUUACCAUGGCCAUGCCUGCUCCCACCAUUGUCUUCCCAAAGCAAGCGUCCGUAACCGUGUUCCAAGCAGACGGUCGCCCUCUGGAACAGACCAGACCACACAGUCCCAGACCUUGCUUGUCCCGAAACUCCCUGGGAGGACCCAUCACUACAGUCGACAGCACAGGCAAUGUGAUAGACCUGGUGAAAGACCGUCUGCCUGAGCUGCAGCUCUCUGAGGAGGACCGUCAGAAGAACCUGGAGCUACUGCAGGAGGCCAAGAAAGUCAGUGACCGCUUCCUGAGCCGCAGGGGCCGAAAGUCCACCUGCAGCCUCUCUGAAUCCCCCACAGGUCUCUCUCCCAACCACACACCAUCUUCCUCACCUGUACCGUCCAGAAGCACCUCUCUUAUCACAGCCCCUCAAAUAGCUGUAGCCACAGAGGUGAACUAUGCCCCCUCGUCGCCUGUCAGCCUGCGAUUGGAGGUUCUGUCUGAGAGGGAGCAGGCUGAUACUAGUACACUGGAGCAUGAGAGCACCAGGAGGCUGGUGGACUGGAAGCCCAAUGAGAAGCGUAAGGUGUCCUCAGGCACCCUGGCUCCCCGCUACUCUGGUCCCCCACCCCCCAGGGAGCCCAGUGGGGGCCAGAAGGAGAACUGUGACCCCCGGGUAACAGCUAAGAAUUGCUCAGCACCAGUACUAGUCAAUAAGCCAGAGGAGGGUCUGGUCCGAGCCCCUAACCAGGCCCCUGCUACUGGGGUGGCCAAGCCUGUCCCUCGGCCCCCCACUCAGCAGGCCCCCUGCACGGCAGAGAUCAAGACCAUCGGGGCCUUUCCUCCCCUCAUGAGAGCUGUCUCCUGGGACACUUUGGAACCCUCAACUCCAGGAAUGGGGCUCCAAGUCUCCCCCCUACAAACGAGGAAACCUUCUCCUUUCAAGACAAGACCCAGGGAUGCCUUGCUCAAGUCCUCUGGGUACAAGGACUUCCCUGUACAGCCUGUCAACGUGCAGAAACUGUCUAAAAUAAGAGAGGAGCACAAGCUGAUGCGGAACCAAAGCAUUGUGGGGUCAAAGUUGGCAGACUUGAGUGAAACAGCUGAACAGGAAAGAGGUCCCUCUCUUUUGUCCCCUGCAGGGUCUCAUAAUGAUGAGGAGGCUAAAGAGAAGUCAGACGCCAUGCCCAACAUCUCAGACAUCAUGCUGAGGAAACUCAAACUGCACAGAGGGCUACCAGGCUGUGCACCUCCACUCACGGAAAAAGAAGUUGAGAACGCGUUUGUUCAACUGUCGCUUGCGUUCCGGAACGACAACUACACUCUGGAGACGCGGCUCAAACAGGCGGAGCGGGAGCGGACCCUGACCGAGGAAAACACAGAGAAGGAACUGGAAGAAUUCAAAGGCUCUCUGAAGUGCACGGCACCACAGUGGAGCAACAUGGAUCAGCGGGAAUCCUACCAGAGCCUCAUAGAGACAGUAGCAGUACUGCACCGUCUGGCCACCAGGCUCUCCAGCAGGGCUGAGAUGGUUGGAGCAGUGAGACAGGAGAAACGCAUGAACAAGGCCACAGAGGUGAUGAUGCAGUACGUGGAGAAUCUGAAGAGGACCUAUGAGAAGGACCAUGCUGAGCUGAUGGAGUUCAAGAAGCUGGCCAACCAGAACUCCAGUCGCUGCUAUGGAGGAUCCAUAGACACUGGAGAUGAUGGAGUUCCACGGCCAUCCAGAUCCAUGUCGCUGACCCUGGGAAAGGCUUUGCCUAGACGGAGGGUCAGUGUUGCGGUGGUCCCCAAAUUUAACCUCCUGAACAUACCUGGUCAGACCCCGGUCAUGGCAGGUCCUGGCCCCAGCGUUGCCAUGGGACCCAGCCACCAACCCACCAUGGGCCAAGCACUUCCUGUCCUGUGUGAAGCCAACAGUAUGAAAAGCAUCUUUCCCACUGAGCCUACACAGCCAGCUAUAGCUGAGAGUGGAAAGAGUGUGGCAGAGCAGGAAGCUGAGCCAUCAGCCCCAGCCAAGCCCCCCGUCAACCUAGAGGAGAUCAGAUCAGAGAUCAAGGCAAAGAUCGAGGAGGAGGCCUACAAUAAAGGCUACCAAGAGGGACUGAAGAGAAGUAAAGAAGUCAAAGAGGUGGGGGAGGAGGAGGAGGAGGAGGAGGAGAACGCAGAGGAAUUGCCAGAAAAGAAGGAUGAAGAAAAAGGAAAAGAAGUCAGCAGAAAAGAAAAGUUCAGCAGUAAGGUUGAAGAGAUCCUAGUUGUCCUUGACCGGCUUUGCCCCAAGAUUUUCCGCCGUAACCGACUUCUCUGGAUUGUUUUGACGCUGUUCCUGGUCACGUUUCUGGUCGUCAAUGUUUUCACAUACUUUAGUGAUCGCUAUAACAACCAUGGGGACAUGUCGGCAGAAAAAGCCAUGGUCCAGGGCAAGAAGAAGAUCUUUGGACUGAAUGUCCAGUAA